AAGUUGACCAAUGUAUCUUAACCUACCAUGUCCCAUAUAAAUGCAUUAUAUCGGUUGGGUACAAAAGCGUCUCUAAAAAUAUAUUAAAUACCAAAGUAAAUAUAAAACCCAAAAAUACGGCUUAUUUAGCAGGUGGUCCAAAAGUAACAAGACCUAGAGAUUACGAAAGAUGUCCAAAGCAAUGGGACGAUUCGAUUAACAGAGGUUUCACGGAAGAGAAAAAAUCAUGGUUACCGGUAAAUCCAAAUUACUACAAAGUAAAUGUUGAAGACCAGAAAAAAAUACCAAAUAGUAACUAUAAUUUUUACAAAAAAAUGUCUCAACUUCGAAAAACAGAUACGUUAAAAAACGGCGAUCUUCAGACGUAUAAUAUUACUAAAUCGAUAUACAUUUUAAAGAGAUCAUUAUUGGAACAUGAAUCGUACAUAGUCGUAAUGAAUUUUGGCAGUGAAACUGAGUCCGUCAUACCGUCCAACAUUGUAAAAAACCUCAAAAACGAACUGUACGUAUACUUAGAAAGUGAAAAUUCUGCAUACAACAUUGGAAACAUUAUAUCAACCGUAUCUUCAGCUGGUAAUCCACUAACACUACGACCACAAUCUGUAGUCGUAUUAACAGAUAAAUAUAUUGCACCUGAAAUAUCUACAAUUGAUACUCAAAGUGCGGGCACACAAAUCAGUUCCAAAUUAAUUAGAGUAUUUAGUAUCUUUCUAGUUUUAAAAUAUUUCUUAUGAAUCUAUGUUUCACGAUUCAU